UUCAUUUGAGGUGACGUGUUGGAGAUUUUUGUGUGUAAUUUUCCGUGCAAAUCCCAAUCGUCAUCGUCAGCUCGAUUUCCGCCGUUUUAAUCCGGAAUAGGAACCAUUCGAAACGCUUGCCUGCUCGCUUCCGAUAUGUGACUGUCUUAUGCGUAUGUUAACCGAAAAGUGAAACGUCGUUAAUUGUUGAAUCUUGGCCUCAGAAAUCAAGUAGUGUUUUGCAUCGGAACUUAAUCGAAGAAAUACCUCUAUCGCUUAACAACUCAAAAUGGCAAUGAUGACGAUGAUUGCCCGGGUCGUGGACGGACUUCCACUAGUUGCGACCAUGCAGGAAGAUGAACAGUCUGGGAAGAGUGUUUUGGAAUACCAGAAUCAGGCCAAGAUGCUGUUCCGAAAGCUGGGGCCCAAUUCACCAACUCGCUGUAGUAUCGAAACGGGACCCAAUCUGUUUCAUUACCUGAUCGAGAGUGAGGUCUGCUAUCUGGUGCUGUGCGAUAAAAUGUUCUCGAAGCGUAUUGCCUUCAACUACCUGGAGGACAUAGCCCAGGAGUUUCAUAACAAUUAUGGCAGGAAGGUUAAUUCCGCCACCAGGCCGUAUGCAUUUAUCGAAUUCGACAUCUACAUCCAGAAGGCAAAAAAGUCACUGACGGAUCGGCGGCGGAACAUUAACACGAUCAAUACCCAGCUGCAGGACGUACAACGAAUAAUGGUUCAAAAUAUCGACGACGUUCUGCAGCGAGGCACCGUACUUUCGGAGCUGGACACUAAAACGCAGAACCUAUCGAUGCUAUCGCAGAAAUACAAGAAGGACGCCACCUACCUGAACCGGAAGUCGCUGUACGUUAAGGGUGCCGUGGCCGGAAUCGUCAUCAUAGUGUUUAUUCUAUACUUUUGGGUUAUUUAAUACCGAUAGCGGUGAAACAAUACAAUAGCCGGAAACGAAAUCAAUGAUGAUGGAGGUGUGAACUACUAAGCUAAUAGGAAAACUAUAAUCAUAUGAUGAAAACAACACUGUACUAUUUAAUGUUUACGGAAAAGUGUAUCGGACUUAUGUAUGUUAAACAAUAGAAAAAAACACGGGCGAAGCUAUUAUUUGGAAUGGGUGGUUUUGUGCACAUUCUUCCUAAGCCAAAUUACAUUAAAGACAUUUUGUAGCGGAAGUUUGAAUAAAAAAAGGCAGGAGGCAUUACAUUUUUGAAACAUGAAACUGUCAAGCAUUGAAAAUAUGCUUUUAUAAUUUUGUUUACCCGACAUUUUAAUUUUCCUUAGUCUGAAAUGGUGUAAAUAUUUAAAUCAAAGAAAACUGUAACAUGUUUUUCAGAAUCCAACGCUUUGAAUUUCUAUUUUUUUUUUCAACAAUUCCGUUUUCGAAUCGCAUAAGGCAUCUUAGAGAAGAUUGUUACUUUUAGGUUUUUCUUUUCAACCGCUCUGUUUAGGUCUUUUGUGACUAGAUUCGUAUUAAACAAGUUUCUUACAAA